AAAAACAAAAAAGAAAAUAAAGAAAGUGAUGUUUUUCUUCUUCUUCCUUUGUGCUUUUCCUUUAUGCUUCCACAUGCUUCACUUCUAUCUUUUUUUGGGUUAUCUUUGUUUAUCUCUCUGAAGAAAGAAAAGAAGAAAAAAAACCCUCGAGAACCCUUUGUUUUUUUCUUUAUUUAUGGUAAAUCUUUCCAAAUAUGGAAAUAAAUAGGGGUGUAUUUAUAGUAAUUUUAGUAGUAAUUCUGAGUGCUGGUUUGGGGUCGGCUGGGGACAUAGUUCAUCAAGACGAUGUUGCGCCAAAGAGACCUGGUUGUGCUAAUAACUUUGUUCUGGUAAAAGUCCCAACCUGGAUUAAUAGUUUAGAAGACAAUGAAUAUGUUGGUGUUGGUGCUCGUUUUGGACCUACUUUGGAGUCGAAGGAAAAACAUGCAAACCAUACCAGGCUUGCACUUGCAGAUCCUCCUGAUUGUUGCAGCAAACCUAGGAAUCAGCUUGCAGGGAAGGUCGUUCUGGUGCAUCGAGGUAACUGUAGUUUCACAGUGAAGGCAAAUGCUGCUGAAGAAGCUGGUGCUUCUGCCAUCCUCAUAAUAAACAACCAAACGGAACUCUUCAAGAUGGUUUGUGAAUCCAAUGCUGAUGUAGAUAUAAAAAUACCAGCUGUCAUGCUUCCUCACGAUGCUGGUUUGCAUCUGGAAAAAUAUAUAAAUAACGACACCAUCGUUUCUGUUGCCUUUUACUCUCCAAAGCGUCCACCAGUUGAUAUUGCUGAACUGUUUUUGUGGCUAAUGGCUGUUGGUACCAUUUUGUGUGCUUCUUUUUGGUCUGCAUGGACUGCUAGAGAAGUUGCUAUUGAGCAAGACAAGCUACUAAAGGAUGCAUCAGAAGAAUUUCUACUAGUGGGAGGUGCAGGGUCGAGUGGUUUUGUUGACAUAAAUACAAUGUCAGCCAUUCUCUUUGUCGUGAUUGCUUCAUGUUUCUUGGUCAUGCUUUACAAGCUUAUGUCAUUCUGGUUUGUUGAGGUUCUGGUGGUUCUGUUUUGCAUUGGCGGAGUAGAGGGCCUGCAAACCUGCUUGGUGGCUUUGUUAUCAUGUUUCAGGUGGUUUCAAUGCUUUGCAGAAUCAUAUGUCAAAGUACCCUUCUUUGGAGCUGUUUCGCAUCUGACACUGGGUGUUUCUCCCUUCUGCAUAGCAUUUGCUGUUGUUUGGGCUGUGUAUCGCCGAAUCUCCUUUGCCUGGAUAGGUCAAGAUAUUCUUGGUAUUGCACUUAUAAUCACAGUCCUUCAGAUUGUUCGUGUACCAAAUCUCAAGGUUGGAACAGUUCUUCUGGGUUGUGCUUUCUUGUAUGAUAUCUUCUGGGUGUUUGUUUCAAAAUGGUGGUUUCAUGAGAGCGUGAUGAUAGUGGUAGCUCGUGGUGAUAAAAGUGGAGAGGAUGGCAUACCAAUGCUACUAAAAAUUCCACGGAUGUUUGAUCCUUGGGGUGGCUACAGCGUUAUUGGAUUUGGAGACAUAAUCUUACCUGGACUGCUUGUGGCAUUUUCACUAAGAUAUGAUUGGCUGGCGAAGAAGAAUCUUCGAGCAGGGUACUUUGUAUGGGCAAUGACUGCUUAUGGUGUAGGUCUUCUAGUCACGUAUGUGGCCUUGAACAUGAUGGAUGGACACGGCCAACCUGCUUUGCUUUACAUUGUACCUUUCACACUUGGGACCUUUAUUACUUUGGGAAAGAAGAGAGGUGAUCUCAAAAGUCUCUGGACAAGAGGAGAACCAGAGAUGCCUUGUCCUCAUGUCCAACUUCAGCCCCUAAAACAAAAAGAAUAAUGGUAAUAAACCAUGCAAAAUAAGCACCUCAAUUGUAUGCCUGUUUUGGCUUCUCUUCUAGUCCGGAACCAGUUGAAAAGCUUUUAACCUUUUAGGUUGUAGAGAAGCAUGUAAUAUUUGCAGGAUGGUUAUUGCGACACCUUUAGAAAUUGACCAGUAACAAAGUACUUUCAAGCCCGUUCAACUAAUUUCUUAGAAUCUUUACCUUUGAUUCUGUAAACCUAUGAUCAGAUUAUGACAAAGUAAUUGAUGAGUUUGAAAUUAGCCUAAAGCCUCUGCAUAAAGACCGUGGUUCAGAGUGAUUUAUAAUUUCUAAUUUUAGAUAUAACGGAAACAGUUGUAUCAUGGCAACUUCAUUGAGAUACUCGGCAAUGAGGCAAGAUCUAUAUUUUGUAAUUUUAGAUGUAACACUUUGUUCUUUAAAAUAUUGUUUCUGAGUUCUGACUCUGACAGAGAAUGUACAAACAUGUAGGACUCUUAUGUACUAUUACACUUAUAAAUGAGGAAGAGCAUGAUAAAAAAAAAAGGCAAAAUUCCGAGGAUUGAAAA